CUGUUGAUGUUCAUCUGCAGCAGCAUGUGUCUGUAGGAAGAAUCUGUUGUACUAAUAGCCAUUACUAACUGCUGAGCAAAGAACAUUUUGCUUUUGUGUGUGGUUUUACAAAUAAGAUAUGAGAAGGAUCUCCGAAUAAAGGGAGAGGCAGUGAAAAUUAGUUAGUAGCAGUAGUUGUCUUUCUGAUCUGGCGUUUUCGUUUCACAAAUAUCCACACUUUUUUUUAGCAAUGGUGACCGAACCCAAUCCAGCUUCCUUCCUACUCUUACUGCUACUCCUACUGCCGGCGAUAUUCUCCGCCGUGGACGGAGGGCCCCGGAAAUUCCACAUUACCGACGACCUCCGCGACGUGGUGGACGACGAGGAGGACGAAGCGUGGAAGGAAUGGGGGAAGAAGAAGACCUCCGACGAGUUCGAUCCCCCGCCUUCCGACAUGUCAAACAUGGAGCUGGAAGAGAUUCAAGAAGCCUUCAUGAAGCGGACGAUGGGCCCCGUUUUCGGGUUCGUCAAGCUCCGGCCCGGCAUCAAACGUACUCCGGAUACGGUGGCGGAUCUCGCUCGGAAAUGGACCAAAAUGCUGAGAGCUGGAGCGAUGGAAGUGAAUCUCAUGGGGAUUGAUCGGAGUACUGUUAUGUUCAACAUGGCCGAAGGCCGCCGCUCCAUCGAACUGAAGGAGUUUGUACUGAAUCAGCCGGAGGCUUACGAGAUCAAGAUCGGAGAUAACUUGUUCCGGAGGCAAGGGGAUCCGCCAUUAGAGCAAGUUAUUGAGCAGAUCCACCGAACCAAGAACGAAGCCUCUGAUGGUACUAGUCAUGAUGAGGAGGAGAAGGAAGAGAAAGAAGAAGAAAAGGAUCUCAAGGAAGAACUCUAGCUUCUUUCUGCAACUCAGAAGCUAACAUUAUAUGAGUUUCUGAAUGAACCUUGUAGGGUUUGAAGAAGGGAAAGGUAAAGGAGAAAACUUUCAAGCUACAGAACAGAAAGAGGAAAACUUUCUAGCAGGCUGCCUGUUGUAGUUCUGCUGUACUGGGACUUGGGGAGCUGCUUUGCUGAAAACGAUUAAAGGAAGUAUUUGGUUGUCAGGUUUGUGCUACUUCUAUUUGUAGAAACACCAUAUUAUGGACCGUUGGAUUGACGAGGACAUAAUCAUCCAUGGGUCUAGAAUAAGCACUUGAUGAGAGUGGAUAGAAAAAUUGGCCAGACCGUCCUUUCCCGCCCAACUGGAUGAGUGAUUCUCUGUUUCCUUUCCUUUUCAACCAUUUGACAGAGGAAAAUACAACUCAAGCCUGAAUGCAUGAUACUUCGGGUUGGGUUUCGGAAUUAAACCCGUGUUUCUAAGGUGCCUGCCAUAAAUAUUUCAUCGUCAGCUUCGCCGAGAGUGUAUACUUAAUACCUCUCAUGGACAGUGGCACCAGCAUAUUUAGGAGUCACUAUCAAUUCGUUGUUCGAUCACAAGCAAAUGCAUACCUAUGGAGCCGUCAGUAAGGCCUCCAUUCGAAGAUGUUCUAUGGAGCUUGUAUAUCUGCACUUACAGCUCAGGUUCAAGCCACAGCUGACUGAUCAGCAUCAUAGGCAAUAAGCAAUACUGCAGCCAGAAAGCAUCUGGAUAUUUGACCUGACACUGACAUUGUCAUGUUGUAGACAAUGUAGAGUCCAGAGCUAUGAAUAAGGAAAGAUCACAGAC